GGGGACUCAGUCUCUGUGCUGCAACUUGCGGGAGAGAAACCCUAGGGAAAUCAGAGUUUACUGAGAAUGUCUUCAACCGGCGGUGCUGCUGGCGGUCAGGAGGAGGACAAGAAGCCCACGGACCAAGGGGCCCACAUAAACUUGAAGGUCAAGGGCCAGGAUGGGAACGAGGUGUUCUUUAGGAUCAAAAGAAGCACCCAGUUACGGAAGCUUAUGUCUGCUUACUGUGAUCGACAGUCAGUGGAGUUAAACUCCAUUGCAUUCUUAUUUGAUGGUCGCCGACUCCGUGGAGAGCAGACUCCAGAUGAGCUUGAAAUGGAGGAUGGUGAUGAAAUAGAUGCAAUGCUGCACCAAACUGGAGGGGUUGCAUGGAUGUAGAUAUAUAAUAUAUGAGAAAAGCAUGGCAAGGAGAGCUGCUUCCAGAGUUUUUAAUAUUUUGUUUUAAUCUGUGGUGUGACCUGAUGACUCACUGUCCGUAAAGGAAAAUGGAAACGGUGCAUGCUUGAAAAAGUUUGCAGUUAGGAUUUUGGUCCAUGAUGGUCUCUUGCUGCUACGUUUUGGAGAUUCUGGGAUUUAUUCCCUAUUAAUUCGACGUUUUGGAAUAUUGUGUUAUCUUUAAUAUAGAGGGGCUGAACUGUUGUUACAAAAGACCACUGCUGAACCUUUCUAUCUAUUAAAUUUAGUGUGUUUGGCAAUGUUUUCA